AUGUUUUGGAACUUGAAUUAUUGGGAUAAAGCAAGUACAUUAGCUGGUGAAGUUGAAGAUCCAAGUAGGACGUUUCCGAAAGCUCUUUAUGGUGCAGUUAUUGUGGUGGUUUGUUCUUAUCUGAUUCCACUUUUGGCGGGAACUGGGUCAUUGGAAUCGGAUUCCAGUGAAUGGAGUGAUGGGUAUUUUGCUGAAGUUGGGUUUUUGAUUGGAGGUUCUUGGCUAAAAUGGUGGAUUCAAGCUGCUGCUGCUAUGUCGAAUUUGGGGUUGUUUGAAGCUGAAAUGAGUAGUGAUGCUUUUCAACUUCUUGGCAUGAGUGAAAUCGGAAUGCUUCCUUCUAUAUUUGCUUCCAGGUCAAAAUACGGGACACCAACAAUCAGCAUAUUAUGCUCAGCAACGGGUGUCAUCUUUCUAUCAUGGAUGAGUUUUCAAGAAAUCUUGGAAUUUCUCAACUUUUUAUACGCAAUUGGAAUGCUAUUCGCAUUCGCAGCUUUUAUAAAACUAAGAUUAAAGAAACCGGAUCUUCAUAGACCUUAUAAAGUUCCUUUAAAAACAUUUGGUGCAACAAUGUUGUGUGUACCUCCUGCUACUUUACUUGUACUCGUGAUGUGUUUGGCUUCCUUAAGAACGUUCUUGGUGACCGGUGGUGUUAUUGUUCUAGGGUUUUUCUUGUACCCUUUUAUCAUUCAUGCGAAAAAUAAAAAUUGGGCCCACUUUGUUUCCAUUGAUGAUAUAAAAUUAAAUGAUUGUGAUGUUGAAGAUGAUGAAAACGUAAUGCGCCACAUGGCGGAUGAAGCCGGGGUCCGUUUACUAUCGGAUUCUUCGUCAUCUUCUAGUAUGGAAAAAGUAUCUGAAAUACAGAAGGAGGUGAAAAUCUAUAAAUGAGGUUAAGUUCGAAUGAUGUGAUUCAUUUAUUCGGUAUUGAUUGUGGGACAUGUUAGUAGGGGGACACCUUGGGGUGCGUGUACCCUUAUUCUUGUUGUAUUUAAAGAAAGAUUGUGAUAUGUUGUAAAACAAUUCUUUGAACCUAUUUUUGUUGUACUUAAAGAAAAG